CUGUGGUAACUCGUGACGACCGAACGUCAGUGUCAGAUUAAAACGAGUAUAGGGUAGUGUAGCACAAAUUAUAAAGGUUUUAAAAUGGCAUAUAAUUCCGGUAGUCCGUAUAGAGGAGCUCCACAACAACAACAACAACAACAAUACAACAACGCAGCGCCGGGACCGGAUCAAGGUUUUCUUUGGAAUAUAUUUCAGAGAGUGGACAAGGACAGGAGCGCCGUGAUAUCAGACACAGAGUUGCAGCAGGCCUUAUCGAACGGUACAUGGACCCCAUUCAACCCAGUGACGGUCCGAUCAAUCAUAUCCAUGUUUGACAGGGAGAACAAAGGAGGGGUGAACUUCAAUGAGUUUGCGGGCGUGUGGAAGUACAUCACGGACUGGCAGAACAUCUUCCGCACCUACGACAGAGACAACUCGGGCUUCAUCGACAAGAACGAGCUGAAGCAGGCACUGACUGGAUUCGGGUAUCGUCUCUCAGACCAGUUCUACAAUACUCUCAUAGAGAAGUUUGACAGGCAGAGGAAGGGACAAGUGGCCUUCGAUGACUUCAUCCAAUGUUGUAUCGUUCUACAGAGGUUGACCGACGUGUUCAGGAGGUACGACACGGACCAAGACGGCUGGAUCCAGGUUUCCUAUGAACAGUAUCUAUCCAUGGUGUUCAACGUUGUAUAGUAAAAACAAGAGCAGAACUGGACACAAUUGUGCCAAAGCCAAAUCCUUCCCACCUCCACAACAUGUCUUCCUGGAUAAAGAUGACCAAAACACAAGUGGACUGGGACUCUGGGUUAGGAUAUAACAACAUUACGUACUGUCUGUCAUUGUUUAUAAUGUUUGUUUAAUAUCUGAAUCUUCUCUUGAUAAUGGUAAAGGCCUGAAUAUCUGUGUUAAGGUAAACCUGCAUUGUACAUAUCAUUUAGGACAAAUACCUGCAUGCUUCCGGGGGACUUCUGCCAAUGUUCAAAGCAUGCCCUCUAUCUCAGAUCUAUUUUGCUGAAGCCAUGUUUACAAACACUGUGACAGCAGGUUAUGGUGGGGCACAACGCCUGCUUUUAGAUUCACUGACAUGCCAGCUAACGCCAUAUUUCUAUAGUCUUAUUUUUAAUCAGCAAAUGCAUUUAAAAAAAGUUAGAGCCUAUUAGGAUUUUGGGUAAAAUAAGCGUAUGCCUUUGUAUUGCUUUCUUUGUGUGUGCAUGAUGCCUUAAACUGUAUAAAUGCAAGAUGAACAUCUUUUGUUAAAGAAACCUGAAAAAAAGUUGUGAGCUCUGAAUUGAGUGUGUGGUGAACAAAGACUAAACAGUUUUGCUGUUGAGGCAACAGUGUAAUUUAUUACUGUAUACAAUUAUUGACGGAAGAUGGUCAAUGUCGUCCUCUGUAUCUCGGUUAGCAGAGCGUGGUGCUUGCAAUGCCAGGAUAGUGAAUUUGAUUCCCGGGACCACCCAUACAAUAUGUUAAAUAUAUGCAUGACUAAGUUUCUUUGGAUGAAAGCCAGUGCUAAAUGGCAUAUUAUAGAAUUGUCAUGAUUUAUCGUAUGGUACAAACCUUUGAAAGAUUUGUGAAGAGGUAGAUUUAGUCCGAGAGGAGUAGAGCACCACAGUGGAGCUGUUGUAAUAGCCAUUAAACCUAAUGGUGACACAGGGAAAUGGAAUCCCCUAUGGGAGAAAUGAAUGGUGGAACAACAAUUGGAACCAUUUCCCUGUUUGACUGCUAGGUUUUAUGGCUAUUGUGGUACUCUAUAGGUGGUUAAGCACUUCAUUUUUCUCCAGAAAAUGAACCUCUGUACAGCGAUGUGCACUGCAGUGCAAGAAAUGGCGCAACUUUGCCCUCUCCUGUCUGCUUUGGUGUAUUUACACCAGUGAAGAGUAUCUUCCUUCCACGUUUGCGAAGUUUCUGGGGGAACUUGCGAGGUGUUGCACAUUUGUUAGUAAACAUUUGAAAGUU